UCGGUUAUUAGUUUUCUAAUUGACCCACGAGAAACCUAAAGAAGAACGACAAGGACAAUUUUUAGUAUUGGAGCAACUCCUUGAUAGGAGUGACAGAUGAUGGCAUUUCAUAUGAGAUGUAUCAGUCAGAGGAUACGCGCCUGUAGACCUGCCGUCGAUUUCCUACAAACACCUGUCCCUGUCCACACGGACAAACGAGUGCAGAGUGCAGUCACCUGUGUUCAACAGGGGCCUCAUGAUAGGGUUUCCUUAAAUCAUUGGGAAAAAAUCUGCCUACCUGAACCACCAACUAAUUCUAUAAAACAAUUGGUGAAAAAGGAAAACCGUUUUGGAGCUCCAAAAGACUCUUUUGAUUCUGACCCGUUUUUUAGACAUGACUUGUUUGUAUCAAACAGAAAUGCAAAAUCAGGAAACAAGAGGUUUGGUCCACACAAGGAAUCACAUGAAUUCACUGGUAAUGUUGGUACAACUGAUGUGUUGCAAAACUUAGAAUCUAGGUUGGGACUCCACUCACAUUGGGCUAUAGAGAAAAACUUUCAGAAAUGCUGUUCAGUCCCACAGGAAGAAAAAGUUCUGUUUUCUGAGGGAGGAAAUUCUGGAAGAACUCCUUCAAAUUCAGAUUUUGAAAAGGAGCGGGCAAAGCGAGAGGAAUACCUCAUAAAAAUGAAGGAAUUUUUAGAGAAAUCGCUUCCACCAAUCUUUGAAAUAGGUAUAUCUUUUGAUGCUUAUUCACCCAACAUUGUGCUCGAGAACAAUUACUGGGGUAAAAAGGAAAUAAAUCUUGGGCUACAGAACUAUGAAAUACAAGUUUACAAACUGCGAAGCGUUACUGCAUUAAGAUUUAUACAUACAAGGAUGUGUUUACUAAGUACCUCGUGUGAUUUGGAGGAGAACUUUGUACGAGUCCGAUGGAGAGUUCUGGGAUUGAAGCAGUUGGCUGCAUUACGGCGCCUUCAAACAUAUGGAAAAUUCUGGAAGAUUUCCAAAAUUCCAGAUAGACAACUAGAGAAAGAUGCAGUAUGGUAUGAUGGAAUUUCAUAUUAUUACCUCAAUGAAGAGGGUUUAGUAAACAAGCAUGUUAUCACACGGGUGGAAGAGGAUAGCAGUAGCAAUGUUGCCCCAGCAUUGUCCUUAAAAGAGAAAGUUGCAAGGAAGAUGGGAGUCUUGUCCUCUAAGCAGAUUUAGAUUGUCACUUGUUCUAAUCUUAGUGACCAGACAGAUGUGUUUACAUUAUAUGUAUACAGUCAGUGCAUGAUUGUUGUUAAGUGCUAAAACAUUGUCAUAUUUAAAAGUGCUCAGACUUUGUGGAUGUCAUUGCUAAUAAUAGAUACUUAAGCUGCUUUGUUAUUGGUUGAAAUUCACAAUACAUUUUACUUCUUUACUGCAAA